AUCCAAACAAUCCGGAAUUUAACAAACGCCUCGUCAGGAAACUAUCGUACGAGUAGCCAACAGAACGUUUUCCGCUAUAGUUACAAUGGCUUUAUAUUCUCUCAGUUUUGUACAGAUUGAAAUUGUACAUUUUCCAUAAAAGCCCUGUUCUCGUUCUAGAAAUACGUUAGUUCAAACGCUCCAAAGUGCGAUCUGCAGAUAUAAUUUUGCAAAGUUGGAAACCCCGAAGUAGGCUAUAAGGCCUACCUUGAUUGAACCCUGCGGGUCGAAUUCGAAUGCGCGAUCAUUAAAAACUAAACUUUCCUUAUUUGCCCAAAGAUCUAAUUUUCCUCGUAAUAAUGAUGCUUAUGAAUAUGAUGCGAGCUGACUCGGCGAUGCGAUAAGAAUGCGAGUUUUGGCACCUGUUGAUAAGUGCCACCUCCAGCCAACUAUGGUAGUGGGUACCUGCGUGUAUUUGCAGAUGUAUUUGGAUAAUAACCGCUUUUUACUAUAAAUACGCGAACCGAAUCUGAGGUCGGCACAGUUAACUUUUUAGCAAAGUCAAACUACCUCAACAAUCUCACCAUGUUCUUCCGUUACUUCUUGGCCCUGUGCGUCGUCGCACUCUUCUCCGUCGUCAUCCACGCCAGCGCCGAGGAGGACGUCGUCGACUCCACCCAGGUCGAGGACCGCGCCAACCCGGCCGCGAAAGUCGUAGCCAAGAUCAUCGGCUCCCUGUUCACCGGUGCCGCCGCCAGCUGCCUGGGAGAGGCCGCCUCCAACUGCAAGAGCCACUGGAAGAACCCCGGCAAGGCCAUCAGCUGCGCCAAGAACUUCCUCAAGGCCAACAAGGGCCGUUGCGCCGUCGGCAAAUAGGCCAACGACGCCACCAUCCUCUACUUUUGACAACAUAGAUCGAAUAUAUGGCUUUUAAUUGACAUAAAACGCAUACUUUCCAAACCAAUUACAUCAUGAUUUUUUAUACGGAAUAUUUCUCAAUAAACUAUAACUUAUUAUAAAACUUAACAUUUCCUCUCACUUUUGGCGAUUCUCCCAUUCUUUGCAUUUUAUCCGCAUACAAGGAAACUGUAUCUCGGCAAAUCCCAGAUUAGGCAUGCAUGACAUUCUGCUAACGGAUAGCAGUAUUAGCAGUGAAACUUGCAGCUCUUGGAAUAGUCACUAAAACCGCACCGAUAAGGUUCACUAUAACUGCAAUAGAGGACGACGACUACCAUAUAAAUAUUCGGCUCGCCGAGCGACGAGAUGUAGAAGUGCAAUUGCUUUCCUUUGAACAGUACAACCGAGGAAAUCGCUCAAAAAUGUUUCCAAAAUACUGUCUGACUUUCUGCAGCUUUGUCCUUCUCGUCGCCGUCGCUUCGAGUAGCCAGCAGGUGCAGAGCCACGAAGACAAAGUUAAUAACGUACAAAAUACGGAAUUGAGUAAAGAUUCGGUCGAAGCUCGAAAUCCCGCACUAGCAAUAGCUGUGAGGAUAUUGCAACAAGCAUUCAGAUGGGCCGCGAAACAUUGCUUGAGACAAGCUGCCAACAACUGCAGGCAGCACUGGAAGAACCCGAAAGCUCUCGUUAACUGUGCGAGAGGAUUUUUAAGAGCCAAUAAAGGACGAUGCGUAGUUGGAUAAACGCAUUUAUAAUCAACCAGUUAUGCAGCAUUAUGAGAAAACCGAUGAUGUGCAUUAUAUUUUAUUGAGAAUAGCAUACUUUACAUUUAAUAUGCAAUAAACAUAUGCGACUGGACUAAAUAAGUAAAAAAAUAUCACCCCUUAAA